UCUCGGCUUAAUGGCGAACAAAUUCAGAUGACUUACAUUUUUGGUCAACUUCUCUGAUUUUUUUUUUUUGUUCUUUGAAUUGGAUCAACUUCUCUGAUUAUAUCUUCAAGAAAGACAUCAGUCAUAUUAUAUUCCGCGUAUAGUUGCUGAUCAAUCCGCGAUUCAAGGGCUUUGUCGUUUGGAACAAUAUCCAGAAAAAAAUAUAUAUAGUUUAUCAAUUUCUCUUAAUUCUACUUCUACGAAUCUACACAUGGGCAUCCACGAAUCUAUCAAGGGGAAAUCUUAUCAGCGCAACACCCAUUCCGACCAGUCCAGUUCCAGCUUGAAUUCCCAGCAGCUUAAAAACUCACCUGCCAAGGAAGAAGCCAUCGUUAGCCGCGGCAUCGCUAACCAAGCUUAUUAUGUGUUGGGCCAUGAGACUGCUAACGUUCAUCAUCUUUACGAGUUUGGUCACGAAUUACAACAGGAACGAUCUACUUAUUUAUGCACCGAGAUUACCACGGGGAUUGAGUACGCCUGUAAGUCAAUCUCAAAAGGGAAGUUGACUUCUGAGGUGGACGUGGAGGAUCUGAGGAGGGAGAUUCAGAUAAUGUACCAUUUGGAGGGCCACCACAAGAAUAUUGUGACCAUCAAGGGUGCUUAUGAGGAUCCCUUGUAUGUGCAUAUUGUGAUGGAGCUUUGUAGCGGCGGUGCGUUGAUUGACCGGAUCUUCCAGAGGGGGCAUUACACGGAGGGGAAGGCUGCUGAAUUGGCAAAGAUCAUUGUAGAGGUUGUUGAGGCUUGCCACUCGCUUGGGGUUAUGCUUAGAAAUCUAAAGCCUGAGAAUUUCCUGUUGCUUGACAAAUAUGAUGAUUCCUCUCUCAAAGCCGUUGAUUUUGGAUGCUCUGUUUUCUUCAAACCAGGCCAAGUUUUCACAGAUAUGGCCCCAGAUGCAUGUGAUAGGCGUAUAAGCGCAUACUACGUCGCUCCCGAGGUACUCCGCAGGCAUUAUGGGCCAGAAUCAGACAUAUGGGCAGCAGGGGUCAUACUGUAUAUAUUGCUAAGUGGUGUGCCGCCAUUUUGGGCAAAAACUGAGCAGGAAACAUUUGAUGGGGUGUUGAAGGGAGAUAUAGACUUAAAAUCAAGCCCAUGGCCCAGUAUAUCUGACAGUGCAAAGGACCUAAUCCGGAAAAUGUUAUGUUCUCAACCUUCAGAACGUUUGACUGCUCAGGAAGUUUUAUGCCAUCCUUGGAUAUGUCCAAAUGGAGUUGCUCCUGUUAGAGCACUGGAUCCAGCUGUACUUUCUCGUCUAAAACGGUUCUCUGAAAUGAAGAAGUUAAAGAAGAUGGCUUUACGGGUAAUAGCUGAAAGCCUUCCUGAGGAGGAGCUUGCCGGUUUGAGAGAAAUUUUUAAGGCGAUGGAUACUGAUAACCGUGGUGAAAUUACAUUUGAUAAACUGAAAGCUGGUUUGCAAAGAUAUGGCUUUAUCUUGAGGAAUUCAGAAAUACUUCGUCUUAUGGAAGCCGUUGAUGUGGAUGACACUGGGACUAUCAACUACGGGAAAUUUACAGCUGCAACAAUUCCUCUUAACAAACUAGAACGUAGGGAACUUCUUAUUGCAGCAUUUCAAUACUUUGACAAGGAUGGAAACGGUUAUAUUACAAUUGAUGACCUCCAGCAAGCUUGUGCAGAACAUAACAUGACUGAUGUCUUACUUGAAGAUAUAAUCAGAGAAGUUGAUCAAGAUAAUGAUGGAAGGAUCGAUUAUCGUGAAUUUGCUGCUUUAAUGGGAAAGGCCCAAAAGGGCAACGGUCGAAUUGGAAGGCAAAUACAACACAGUCUGGAUUUGAGCGAGGAUUCAAUCUGGGGGUCCUGGUUGCUCACAACAGAGAUGACUUACACGUCUUACAGUUAAUAUCCUUCAAUAUUCAAACCCUGAACACAAGGGGUGCACAAAGGCUUCCUUUAUUACAUCCAAAAGACCUGUUUAUUCAUACUAUUAUCAAGCUGUAGCGUCUAAACUUGCAGUCCUGUAUACUGGCUUGGCACGUUGGCUGGCUGUACAGCAGAGCCAGAAGAAAAAUAGUGAUGAAGCUUUGACAAACUUCCAUUCUUCCUUUUUUAAAGAAAUUUAUUAUAUUAUUAUUAUGAA